GCGGGGGAGAAGCCGGAAGUCCCGAGAGCUCCGGCGGUAGAGAUGGAGGAGAGCGAGUACGAGUCUGUUCUCUGUGUCAAGCCAGAGGUCCAUGUCUACCGCAUCCCGCCGCGGGCCACCAACCGUGGUUACAGGGCCUCAGAAUGGCAACUGGACCAGCCAUCCUGGAGUGGCCGGCUGCGGAUCACUGCGAAAGGGAAGGUGGCCUACAUCAAGCUGGAGGACAGGACCUCUGGGGAGCUCUUUGCGCAGGCUCCAGUGGACCAGUUUCCCGGCACCGCUGUGGAGAGUGUGACAGACUCCAGCAGGUACUUCGUUAUCCGAAUUGAAGAUGGAAACGGGCGACGUGCUUUUAUUGGGAUUGGCUUUGGGGACCGAGGGGACGCCUUUGACUUCAACGUGGCAUUGCAGGACCAUUUCAAGUGGGUGAAGCAGCAGUGCGAGUUUGCAAAACAAGCUCAGAACCCAGAUGAAGGCCCCAAAUUGGACCUGGGCUUCAAGGAGGGCCAGACCAUCAAGAUCAACAUCGCAAACAUGAGAAAGAAGGAAGGAGCAGCUGGGGCCCCAAGAACCAGGCCUGCCAGCGCAGGAGGGCUGAGCCUGCUGCCCCCUCCUCCAGGGGGCAAGAUAUCUACACUCAUCCCUCCCUCUGGAGAGCAGUUGUCUGGGGGCUCUCUGGUUCAGCCAGCAGUUUCUGGUUCAGGAGGUGCCACAGAACUCUGGCCACAAUCUAAGCCUGCUGCCGCUGCCACUGCUGAUAUCUGGGGCGACUUCACCAAGUCUACAGGGUCCCCCUCCAGCCAGUCUCAGCCAGGCACUGGCUGGGUCCAGUUUUGACCUACGUAACCUUUUCCUCAGCCGACUUCUGGGAAGGAGCUGCGUCACCCUGGCCCACGGAAGGAGGCAGAUAGUCCUUCCUGGCUGGCCCCAGGCUCCUUGCCUGGCUGUCUUGACAGCCUGAGCACAAGAAGCAGUAAGUUGGCACUGUGCCACACUGUUGCUGGGGCUCGGGUGCUGCUCAGGCAGAAAACAGGAGCAAACACUCCAGGGCCCCCAAGCUCCUCACCCUCCCCACUGGAGACAACCAGACCUGCCUUCUUCCAUCCAGUGAUCCUUAUUAAACACAGCCCCCCCAAAGCCCAGAAUGGAUUGAAUUUGUGGCCUGGGUUCAGCUCUGCCUCUCGGGUUGGCAGGUGUCCCAGCUUUGCUGUUGGGCAGGGACUUCUGCACUCCGUCCACAGUAGCCUUUGUCAGGUACCUUCCAGAGGAGGCCUUCCUGAUUGCUAGCAAGUCUUUGAGCUGCAGCUCGAAUGGGCCGUCGGGGGACCCUGGAAGGAUUAAGCAGCUUUUUUGAAAAUGUUAAUACAUUACUCUGCUAAUAUGCUGACCUGCACUAACGCACCCCUGUGAGGACCCUCCGUGGCGAGGCCUCUGACACACCCUUCUCCCUGCCCUGAGCCCUGGAGGCAGCAGUGGGAGGGCAGCCUGCAUACCUGGUUUUAUGACUUCCAACCUCAGGUGAGGCAGGCUCUGGAAGCCAACUGCACAGUGUUGUGGGAAGUCGAAGCAUUACAGACUGGGCCAGGCUGCCUGUCCUCUGGCUCUGCUCUGGGCUCACAGGUUCAUGGUGGAGCUGGCCCACUUGCCUUUCCCUCCCGGGUGGCUUCUGGAAGAACAUACCUGUAGAUGCUUCCUUCCUUUCCUUCAGAGACUGUGACAGAGCUCUGUCAGCCGGAAGUGGCCACCAGGAGUAGUGGUUCAUAAGAAAUUACUGUCUCUUCAGUGAACUUCCUAGUUUCUUUAUAGACUUAACCUUCCCUUCAGUUAAAAGGUUUCUUUUAUGAAGGGUCAAGACUGCUGACCUUGUGGGACCAGAGUUCUAAAGAUGGAAAAAAAAAUAAAUGUUUUUACUUCUGUACUACA